GAAAAAGUCCAGCUAGCACAAAUGAAGUGACACAUGAUUGUGAUAGCACUUUAAUAAACCGCUCACCGUUUACCCACAUAGGAGGACUUGGUAGCUUAGAUAACUUUGAAUAUUAUGUGACAAUCAUCCGGUGGCUGGAGUGCCAUGGUUAUGUUAAGCAAGAGUUUAGAUUAAAAAUGCUUACUUGGUUUAGUUUGAGAUCAAAAGUUCAAAGUGGAACACAUUCAUUCAAGCCAUGAUCGACGAUCCGUGUAUCUUUCCUGGCCAGUUGCUUGACUCUUUUCCUGAUCAAGUGCCUUAUAAUUGAAUUCUGUAGUAAGCUGUGACAUUAAAUGUGGGAGGAUACACUGAAAAAAUUGUUAUCAACAUGAUAGACCAAAUGAUAGACAUGGAUGCCACUUGAGGAAAGGCUAAUCGUGAGAUGACGACUUCGAUCAUUUUUGAGACUUUGAAUACCCCUGCUAUGUAUGUCACCAUUCAGGUGCCAAUGGGUGUAUAACUGGUUCCGACCGCAUACACUUAUUGAUGUGAGGAAGAUACAUUUGACCACUACUAUUCUGGGUGUCAAGAUUUCAAUGCCUAUCAUGGUUGCACCUACAAGUAUGCAGAAAAUGGCUCAUCUUCAUGGUAACCUGGAUCCUGUUCGUGUUUCAAAAGCAUUGAUUAUUAAAUAUUCACUCUUAGGUCACGGUGGCCUCCUUCGUCUAUGGGAGAAAGAUUACAAAAGGGAUGGUGGGGAGAACAAAGCAGAGGCUUCUUCAUUGACCACUGGAGGUCAAGGAUUGGGAUUGGGGUUAGGGUCGGGCUUGCCUGAUUUGAAAACUAAGAACAAAGGAAAGCAAAAGGUUGCACCUAAAGAAUCACAUGCUUCAGAGACACUAAAUAACUUGAGAGAGCGGACCAUGGAGACCGUUAAGGGUUUGGAAUCUAUAGCGGGUUUGAAACCAGGUGGUGUUGAUGGAUUGGGUGACGAUAAAAUGGAGGAUUUGGUCAAGCACUUCGAACUGGCUAUACUUUUAAUGGCGUUCUUUGAUUGAUAUAAGAUAAUAAUGCCUUCGUGAUUUAACUAUUAUUUCUUCUCACAUUCUCCGUCUCCAUAUUGUUGCCAAUCAGCCACUCUUACUAAAAAUGGGAGCCCUAAAAAUGACCCUAUUAUUGUUUGUUUGUUGCGAAAGACAUCAUUUCAAGUGAGGUUAUCCAAUACAUAAUAGUUAUUCAUGUACUCCUAAUAAAUAAGAUCGCAAACU